AUGGCUUGCAGUCGCACAAAGACGUGGUCGACAUCCCCCACAUUGUCAGCCAACGGCUCGGAAUACCAGACUGACGGCACAAGUAUCGACGAUGGAAUAUCUGAAAAUGAAUUUGUCCGUCCGCCAGAAUUUUAUACAGCAUGUGCGAGCCAGGCGAACAACACGAAGAUCAUCAAUAUCUAUGCAGACAGCACGACCAAACAAUUGGAAAACGUUGAGAAGCAAUGGAAGCAGUAUUGUGAAUACAUCAAAAGAGAUCCGAUCGAGUUGAUGAAGUCCCUAUCGCAUGGCGAUGUUUCAAGCUUUUUCUAUUGGAAACUGGAUCAAAAGCGCGGAACAAACAGACGAAGGCUUCCUGGAAUCAAGGCAGCGUCUUCUCUUGCGACGUUCCGAAAAUUGUUCCUCGUGACAUACAGAAGGAUGAUAGGGAAGGACAUGGAUAGCGAGUUGUCAAGAAAGACGCUUAAUGUGACAAAGGAUGUGAUUGGACAAUACCAAUUGAGUCACAAACAGAGAGAGAAACCUUCUAUGGACGUACGAGACGUGCUUGAAAUCACACAAACAACACUCACGACUGUGGAGAAAAUGUUCCAGGUAGGAAGAUACCGUAUACAGACAUGGUUCUUCCUUCAAGGGGGCUUUUUCACCGCAAAUCGACCAGAAGCUCUCCUCAAAUUGCGCUACGGAGAUUUUAAGGUCACCAUACUGCGAAAUCCAAACGGCGGUCCAAACAACGUCCUGCUGGAAAUAACAUUUGAGUUCACUAAAUCGCAUCUAGGGCCCAAACCAGCGAACACUUUUGUACUCCCUGAAAUCAUUUUCGAUAGUUCUCUAUUCAUGAGUCCCCACAUCACCGUGCUGGGCAUGAUGUUUGCCGAUAAAGUCUUCAAGAACGAUCAGCUAACCCCGGAGAACCUAUUCACGCUCAGCAUGCGAGACAACUGCAACUCGCUCGAGAUACCCAUCAGAGAAGAGGUAGCUGGUCUCUGGGUUUUCCGUCAAUACAAGCAAACAGCAACAGGCCGCGAAAUCAGUAGCGAACGCCUGUCGUACUCUACUCUCAAAAAGCACAUACAGGAUGUCGGUGAAAUUACAGGGUUCAAGGGCGUGGCGAAACCGUACAAUCUCCGAUAUGGAGCAGCCAAUGCCUUCGAUAAGGACGGCGGCACUAGCGAGGCAUUGCGAAACAUGAUCAUGAAGCAUGCCACAACAGACGUCUUUCUGAACCAUUACCUGUCAACACGAAUUACCACCGAUACACAAGCCGUUGUACGAGGCUUGGCGCCUCAAGACAAGAUCAUGGAGGCGGCAUGCAGAAUGAGCCGACAUAUCGAUCCAAACCGACCUCGUUUUCUUACGGAGGAGCAGAAACGGUCUAUCGCAGAACACCCGCGAAUAAAAAAACUGCAGAGACAAUUGGCCAAGUCUUCACACGAUCACAAGAGGCUCCAGAGCGAGAUCAAAAACGAAAAGCAGCGCUUGACGUACCAUCUCAGGCUUCAGAGCCGAAAAGAAUACGACAGGAUACAAGCAGAGAAAGAUAUUGAGAUACAACUUUCUGGAGGGAAAUUCGAAGAAAUGAUCAAGACCGAUCUCAGGCGGUCCUCUGAGCGGUCACAGCAACACAUGAAGUUGAUCGAGUCAAUCAUGUCGCUACCUGGAUCAUCUCUUCUGGAAGAGAUUCAACGACGAAGUAAAGCCAUCAGGUCGGUUGCAGAUUACUGUCCUAUUGAGGAAGGCGAAACGUCGAGAAACCAUAGAGUUGACCCGCGUGCUAACUAUGGACCUCGAGAGGCCGUCGACACCGAUGAACUGACUAUCGAAAAGGCGAAAGAGGCUGUCAACAACGAAAAAAGACCACAGAUAUGCUUCAUAUGUUUGGGUAACGACGCUCUCAACGUAAAAGAUCGUACGCACCGUUUUUCGACGCCAGGCGAUCUCACCAAACACUUCAAACAUAGACAUCUGAAGAAGUUUAACGACCGCGAAGGUGAGAAGUGUAACUUGUGUAGGAUCCAUCUGGGGAAUGUGAUGGCGAUGCAGCGCCAUGCUUUUGACCGGCAUGGCACACUUUCAUAA